CAACCGCAAGCAAGAGUUUAGCUUUUGAAAACAAAAAAACAAUCGCCGAUAUCCGUCUCAUUCCGUCCCACUGCCAUCCCUGCUUCCAUCGGCAACUUCCACCUCUGAGAUUUCUCACCGUCAACCCACCGACAACCCGCUGCCUGCUACCAUUAUCUCAGGGUGUAUGAACUAUGAACAGUAAUAAAAUGUCCGAAGCGAUUUCAGUAAGCGCGGCCGCGAAUUCUACAAUAGCCGGCGCCGAGGAUUACUUCCGGCCGUCAUCCAUCAUGAAACUUCCGAUCACAGAUAUUGGCGACUCAUCCACCUCCUCUUCCAGUGCAUACGUAACCCAGGCAUUUCCAUUCUCUUCAGGAAACCCUAGAAUCGAACAGACGAGAGGCGUCAUGCAUCUCUUUCUGGACGAUGCCGCUUCUUCCUCUUCCAAUUUACCUGUUGGAAGAAUUCCUCUUAUUUGUGUUCUUGGGGUGCCAAAUCACAUGACAUAUGCAGACUUUUGUCAGUUUUGUGGUUCCUUUAUUCAUCACAUCAUGGAAAUGCGCAUUGUCAGGAAUGAUGGAAUGGAAAACCGGUAUAGUAUCUUAGUAAGAUUUGAUGAUCAAAGCUCAACAGAUUCAUUUCACAAACAUUUUAAUGGAAGGCGUUUCUCAUCUUUGGAGACAGAAUCAUGUCGUGUGCUUUUCACUGUUGAUGUGCAAUACACAAGCUCAAUUGAACACACACAGACUUCCCCUGCAAAUACAGAGCAACCCUCAUGUCCAGUCUGUCUUGAGAGAUUGGAUCAAGAUAUGAGUGGGAUUCUAACAACAAUCUGCAACCAUUCAUUCCAUUGUUCUUGUAUUUCAAAAUGGACUGAUUCUUCAUGCCCUGUAUGUCGAUAUUGUCAACAGCAGCCUGAAAAGUCAAAAUGUUUGAUUUGUCAAACAUCAGAAAAUGUGUGGAUAUGUCUUCUGUGUGGGUUUGUUGGGUGUGGGAGGUAUAAAGAAGGGCAUGCAAUCGAACACUGGAAACAAACACAACAUUGCUACUCUCAAGAACUGGAAACACAACGUGUGUGGGAUUACGUUGGAGAUAAUUAUGUUCAUCGUUUAAUCCAAUCGAAAACAGAUGGAAAAUUGGUUGAGUUGAAUCAUCAUCAUCAACAUACUGAUGGUGAUUGUGGAUGUGACACUGAUCCUGCAUUUAGUGAAGCUCUUUUAAACAGUCGAGUUGAAUCUAUUGUUAGUGAGUAUAAUGAGCUGCUGACUACUCAACUUGAAAACCAAAAGCUGUACUAUGAAUCAUUACUCCAGGAAUUUGAAGAAGAAAAUGAGAGGGAGAUUUCAGGUGCUGUAAGAGAUUUUAUGAAGCAGAAUACGAAAUUGCAAAAGAUGCAAGCGAAGCUGGAUAAAGGUCUUAAAGAGAAGAAGUUUCUAGAUGAUAUGAAUGAAAAUCUUUUGAGAAACAAGGUGACGUGGGAAAGCAUAAUAGCUAAAAUUGAAGAAAGGGAGAAGGAGGCUUUGAGGGUGAAAGAUGACAAGAUACAAGAACUGGAGGCCCAGCUUCAGGGGCUGAUGGUAUCUCUUGAAGAAACGAAUACAGUGGAUUCUCAUCCUUCUUCUUCUAAGGUUUUACAAUAA